CUAUGUAUUUGCAGAUGGUUUAAUUAAUUCAUUACAAUACUUUACAGUUUUAUAGAAUUAUUUAUGUCAUUUGAAUAAGUUUCGCCUAAAGCUGAACUAUAAAGUUAUGAGUUUAACGACCAGAAAUGGAAAACAAUGACACCGUAUUAAAAAAUGGCGAGUGUCACUCGUAUACAGUUGAUAUUCUGUAUGGGCCGACCAAAGUUUGCGAGGUCCUGAAACAUCGGACGACAAGAGUCGAACAUAUCAAAGAAAAACUGGAGAAACUUGGGUUCAUCGUUAACCUUAGGCGAACUCUGGACUACGAGAUGGUGAUAUUCGCAUUCGAAGGCCAUGUAGUUUUCACGUGCCGGGCAACCAACCUAUCAGUUUUAGGCUGUUCCAGCGACGACUCCACGGCGUACAAGCUGAUCAGCUUGAUGUUGGCCGAACGCAAUCACGCCCUAGGAAAGGAUUGUGGAAUAUUAAAUCGCUAAAAAAAUAUUACAGUACAAUAACCGAAAAACAAACUUUGUAUAAUUUAUAAAACAUAUCUUAUUAAAACGAAAUCAACGAUAUUACA